AUGUUCGCCAGACUAUUCGAAAAGCAGGCCAAGAGGGCUUUUUCUUCAUCCUCUAAACAGAUGAUUCAUCACCCAUUUAAGGAAGGUGUUUACAGUAACAUUCCAUUCAAGGUUCACAACAGAAAAAUUCCUUACGCUAUUCCUCAUAUCACAUUCUUUGCUCUAGGAUUUAUUAUUCCUGUUGUUGCUGUCGUUAUUCAACAGAGAAGGGCUGGCAUUAUCUAG